AAAAAAGAUCACGUGCGAAAUUCACCACUACUGUAUCUUUGUAAUAAGGAUAUUAAAGUAGUGCCUAUUAUUUUCUACUUCUGAAAUUGUAUUGGCAUUCAACCUUCAUACGAUCUGAAUGAAUUCGCGUUUUCGUAAUGAAUGGCAAUGUUUCUGUGAGUGUUUUGAAAUGUAGGCCUAGUGUUAUUAAAUGGGUUGGCAAAAAUUUUACUGCAGAUAUAAAUUCGAAGACAGACGGUCGUGACCUUUCUGCAGUGGGGACUAUUCAAGCAUAUACAAUGUCGGCGCAAGAACACAAGCAAAGCAAAGGUUCUGAUGAAUCAUCUGAAGAUCAACAAGCCAUAAAUAAGGGAUCUUUGUUUCGUAAGUCGAACAAUGCAGAAAGAAAGUAUGGCUGUCUGAUAUGCAAGAAAAGUUUUAAAUGGCGUUCACAUUGGAAAUCUCACCAAAGAAUACAUACUGGAGAACGACCUUUUCAUUGUGAGAUUUGUGGGAAGACUUUCACCAGGUCUGAUGGUUUACAAUGCCAUAAAAAGGUCCACUUUAAAAUCGCAAAACCUUGCUCUACUGCGCCUCAACCAUACUAUGUUCUUGGAAACAAUAUUGUUCAAGAUGCAACUGAUUUAAAACAAGACAAUGUACUCAUAUGUGCUUACUGUGGAAGAACGUUUGGUAGUCUUGCUGGAUAUUACAGACACACCGAUAACAAACAUAAAGGUUUGAAAUAUUCCAGUUUCAUUAUUUCUAAAUAUAACAGCCUCAUGCAGUAACAAUUAGUUGGGCCCAAUGUUCCCAAAUAGAAGAAUAAUAUAGCGAUAUUCGACUCUACAUAAAGCUGUUGGUUGCAUAUAGGUCCUCGCCAGUUUGAAAAAUAUAGCGAGAAAAUUCGUUCUUUCUCUAAAAGUUGAUGAUUGGAGUGUAUCUGUUUGUAAUUUUAUACUAUAGUGGCAAGAUAUGGUCGCCAUUGCCAUCAUGACCACGAAUGGCUCAGCAAAUUUUAUUCCAUAGUUGCAUUGGCUAAGCAACUUUUAUUCCAUAAUUUGUACAUAGUAAGGAAUUGUUUAUUGUUAUUUCUUCCUUGGGGUUGGUACCGUACACAAACCGAUAUACACAUUGUGCACUACAAACAUUUGAACAAUAUACAACAAUAAUGGUAACAUAAAAAAGAAAUUGACUGUUUAAGGUCAACUUUUUAAAGACAUUUGCAUGUUUGAACCACUUUGUUUCCGCAGCACUACGAGUCUGCGUGGAUAAAGCUGUAGUUAAUGAUGUAAACUGCACGCCCAUAAGUAGUCGAUCUGUAGCACUCUUAGGCACUCUAGAGAAAUGCUAUAUUUAAUUUCUUUCAGAUAAAGAAGACCUAGAAUGUCGUAUUUGCAACAUCAUCUUCAACAGACCAAGUGCAUUAGAAAUUCAUAAUCGUGUACAUACCGGAUUGAAACCAUAUCGUUGUGACAUUUGUUCCAAAAAAUUUUCAGUACGAGGAAAUCUUAAACGACAUUUAUUUAUACAUAGCGGAGAAAGACCUUACAAUUGUACAUAUUGUUCAAGCUGCUUUAAUAAUUCCAGUCAUUUAGCGAGACAUGUUAAAUCUAAACAUAAUGAGCAAGUCGUGAAUCAGUUGAGGAAUGACAGCAUUGGAAUUUAAUCAGUGGCUCAGAUUUACCAAAGUCAUUGGACUCAAAAUUAUUCAUGCAUGCAAAGACGAAAAGUUUUUUCUCUUCAAUAAUAUUCAAAUCAUAGUGUCGUUCGUGACUCAAGUAUAGUUGUUUGUAAACUAUAGAUAUAAAACAUUUUCCUCUAUAUAAUUCAUAUGUGUAUAUAUGCAUGCAUGGAUCUAUUUAGAUUGCACUCCUCUUUUUCAGUUUUUGUUUCAUAAAUUUUACAGCGCUAGCUAUGCUUAGCUUGUCUUAAGCUGGAUUUCCACUUGCAAGAAAAAUUUCG